AUGGAUCAUACUGUAUGCNCAGAAGGCGAUUUCUUCUUUGAUUUUGUUCGACAUUUAACUGAAUGGAUUAAAAAAACUAAACAACGUGAAGAUCCACCAAAAUAUACUUAUCAAAUAUUUUUUAUGAGAAAAUUAUGGACUAAUGCCGUACCAGGAAAAGAUCGAAUGGCUGAUAUUAUAUUUCAUUAUCAUCAAGAACUUCCAAAAUUAAUUCGUGGUUAUCAUAAAUGUUCAAUUGAUGAUGCUGUUCAAUUAGCCGCUUGUAUAUAUCGUGUUCGAUUCGGUGAUAAUACAACACUAUUUGAAAAUAUUCAAUUAAAAGAUUUCCUUCCGGCUGAUCUUGUUGACAAACUUCCGUAUGCUGAAUGGCGAAGGCGAAUUAUUGCUGCUCAUGCUGAAUCACGUAAUUUAUCACCUGAAGAUGGGAAAAUAAAAUUUCUUAAAAUUCUUUAUCAAUGGUCAACAUUUGGUUCCGCAUUUUUUGAAGUGAAACAAACAUCUGAUCCAACAUAUCCUGAACAAUUAUUAAUAGCAAUUAAUAAACAUGGUGUAAAUUUAAUUCAUCCAAAAUCCAAAGACUUAUUAAUCACAUAUCCAUUUACGAGUAUCUCAAAUUGGUCUAGUGGAAAUACUUAUUUUAAUAUGACUGUGGGUGAUAUUGUUCGAGGUACUCGUUUAUUAUGUGAAUCCCCAUUAGGUUAUAAAAUGGACGAUCUUCUGACAUCAUAUAUAAGUUUGAUGGUACAGACUAUGCAUCGUCAAUCAACAAAUGCAUCUUCUUCACGACAAUAA